AUUACAACAGCAGAAUCGAGCGAAUACGUAGCCAAAAACCAGCCGUGUGGUGCGGAGCCGAAAGUCGCGAAAAAUGGAAAAAAACCCCUGAAAAAUAGUGCAAGAACAAUUUUGGAGUGUUUUGGUCGAUUCAGGAAUGAUCAGUGUACGUGUGCGUGUAAACAACAUGUCCCAUAAACGUUUAUAAAUAUCGCGAAUGACGCUGUAAACAUACUGGUUACGUAGAAGUAUAGCAAAGAUGGCUGGACUUUAAGACCGUUCUUUGUGCAGUUUUCAGCAUGCUAGUGGGCUUAUUUGAAGAGGGAUUAAGGAUUGAGAGGGAUCGCAUGACAUGUUUAUCCAAUCCCAACAAUUGGUCACAGGGAACAGUAACCAUAAUUCAACAACAAACCACUCAUUUCUUGGCGCUCCUAAGAAACGAAAAGCGGCACUUGACUACUACAACAGCUCAGUGUCAAAUUCAACAUUUUUGGACAAUAGCGGGUUUGGACCAGUAGUGAAUAACUGCAUAGUUCCACCAUUGGUAACACCACAGCAGGACAGUGCUGAGUUAAUUCAGGAGAGUCCGAAUGGCCAACCUUUUGUCAGAGCAUCAACAAUAAAAUUGUUAGAUACUUAUCAGCGCUGCGGACAAAAGCGCAAGACCUGGUCGACAGGGGGUAAUGCGGCAUCGGGGGUGGGUAGUGUCCCCCCUUCUUCGGACGACGGAGUUAUCAUCACCAACGUUACAUCAACAGCUUCGACGGCGGUCGGCGUCGGGGGCGGCAACACGACGGCGGCCCAACACGCAGUCAAGACGCAGUCAGGGGCGGCCCAGCCGGCGGCUCAGGGGGCGCAGCAGGGGGGCGGGGCGGCAGCAGCCGCUCCCCCUGCCGCUGCCGCACAGGCGAACCCCCAGCCGCAAGGUAAGAAAAAAUCGAUUUUGUGCUCGUCAGGUUCAGGGAGCGGCGCGGACGGAGAUUAUCAGCUAGUCCAGCAUGAGGUGCUCUUCUCGAUGACCAACCAGUAUGAGGUCCUCGAGUUUUUGGGCAGGGGCACCUUUGGCCAGGUGGUUAAGUGCUGGAAAAAGGGCACAAACGAGAUUGUCGCUAUUAAAAUAUUGAAGAAUCACCCUUCGUAUGCUCGACAGGGUCAGAUUGAAGUGAGUAUCCUUUCCCGAUUAAGCCAAGAAAAUGCCGAUGAGUUCAACUUCGUGCGUGCUUACGAGUGCUUUCAGCACAAGACGCAUACCUGCCUCGUCUUCGAGAUGUUGGAACAGAACCUCUAUGAUUUUCUUAAACAGAAUAAAUUUAGUCCUUUGCCACUGAAAUAUAUCCGACCCAUUUUGCAGCAGGUGUUGACUGCAUUGCUAAAGCUUAAGCAAUUGGGCCUAAUCCACGCGGAUUUAAAGCCAGAAAAUAUUAUGUUGGUGGACCCAGUGCGACAACCUUACCGCGUAAAAGUUAUUGACUUUGGUUCUGCCAGUCAUGUAAGCAAAGCGGUCUGUAACACUUAUUUGCAAUCCAGAUAUUACAGGGCUCCAGAAAUCAUCUUGGGAUUACCGUUUUGCGAAGCUAUCGACAUGUGGUCGUUGGGCUGUGUAGUUGCUGAACUGUUCUUAGGUUGGCCGCUUUAUCCCGGCUCUUCUGAGUACGAUCAGAUUAGAUAUAUCAGUCAGACACAAGGAUUACCAACGGAACAUAUGCUGAAUAACGCGUCCAAGACUACGAAAUUCUUUUAUAGAGAUAUGGACAGUACUUAUCCAUUUUGGAGAUUAAAAACGCCCGAGGAGCACGAGGCUGAAACUGGCAUUAAAUCUAAAGAGGCUCGAAAGUACAUAUUUAACUGUUUAGAUGAUAUUGGUCAGGUAAAUGUUCCCACAGACUUAGAAGGCGGUCAAUUACUGGCAGAAAAAGUGGACAGGAAGGAGUUCAUUGACCUACUAAAAAGGAUGUUGACAAUGGACCAGGUAGAGAGACGUACGACGCCCGGCGAGGCCCUAAAUCAUCCGUUCGUAAGAUUGGCACAUUUAAUCGAUUAUGCCCACUGCAACAAUGUCAAGGCCAGCGUCCAAAUGAUGGAGGUUUGCCGACGUAAUGAUUACACUACCUCGUCAACGGCGACUCAUCACCAAACUUCUCAGCAAGCGCCGUCUUUAGUUGCUAAUUUCGUGCCGAACUCAAACGGCAAUGUUACGUUUACUAUCAAUAACCAGUUGACCAAUCAGGUUCAGAGACUGGUUAGGGAUAGAUCGGGCUAUGAUAAUUUGUACCAAAUAUACAAUGGAAGAAGUAUGGGCCGCCAAUACACUGCGGGUAGUAGAGCUGAUCCAUUUCAACAUCAACUCGUAUCUAGUAUACUUUGUCCUGCAGGUUAUCAGGGAAUGGGUGGCUCUCCUGCUAAACAUGUAACUGUAGUCCAACAGCCGCCAUUACAGAUCCAACCGCCGAUAUUAAGCCAACCGGGCCAGCAACAAUACGUGCCUGUUAGUGUGGUUGAACCUACCGGUAGACAGAUGCUCUUGACUAACGCUGUUCAAACCUCUUGGCCAGCCAAUCGUCAACAAAUGGCCAUCGUACCCUCUUGGCAGCAAUUACCCCCACAACAUGCGGCUAUUCAACAGCCAAUUCUUUCUGAGGCCGAAUGGGGUAGGCCUUUGCUAGUCGAUUCUUCGGCCAUAUUACAAGAACAGAGGCCGGUGUUUCCGGUGGACGUGGCCACCGAAGUUUACAAUCCCGCUAUUGUAGAGCACAGCGGUUCGUGGGGAACCAGCAAGAGAAGUUCCAGGAACCACCAUAGCCAACAGACGGCUCCCCAUCACAGUCACCAUCAUUUAAUGGUUCCUACACUACAUAGAUCUCAACACGAUAAAAAGGAGCAAACACAACUAUCGCCGGUUAAAAAACGCGUUAAAGAAGGAACGCCUCCGUCAGAGCAGUUGUACACGAGUAGUAGGAGAAAUCCUAGUUCUGGCAACACUGGUUGGCCGCAAUCUGGACAUCAUCAGGUAACGUCGCAGGAUCACCAUACCCAAACCUACAAUAGUCACCAUCACCAUGGAAAUAACGGCGGUCACCAUCAUCACCAUCAUCAUCAGCAUAACGGCAAGAAUCAGCAUACUAUUACGAUCAAUGAUACGCCUUCUCCCGCGGUCAGUGUAAUUACGAUAUCUGACAGCGAAGACGAGGGAUUACCGGGCAAGAAAACGGUUCACACUAAUACUGUAGCUCCACAACAAAGUCAGACUCAUUAUUCAAACAACAACCAGCAAGCACCAAGCAGGAAAAAUGUCAUUAGUUGCGUCAGCGUUCAAGAUAGCGAUAACGAGGAUAGAAGUUCGUCUAAAGCCACACAUCACCAUUCAAACCAGCAACAAGCUCAACCGCAAGUCCAAACUUACCAUAAUCAGCCGGUGAUUAAAAACGAACCAUCUCUUAGCAGUUGCAGUUCUGGCAAUACGUCGGGCGCAUACGCUUCGCAAAAGAAGCGGCUCUUAGCCAAAGCACAAUCUGAGUGUAUGCUCAAUGUCCCCACUAAGCAAGAACCAGGUGUUAACGAAUUUUACGGCCAACAUUGCAGUUCCGCGUGCAAAGAACAAUCCGGACCCUCACAGAACUACUCUCAUUAUUCUGGUUCGAAUAUGGUAAAUGAACAGCCGAAUUAUUCGUCGUCGAGUAAUGCCGAAAAACGUGUCAGUUGGGCGCCUCCAGCUGCUCAUAACCCUUCAUCGAGCAGCCAUUCGAGGCGCCAUUCGUCGGUGUCUAUUGUGAACUUGCGAGAUUAUCCUUCGCAGGUUCCACACGGAGACUAUGUGCAACCACCGGCGGCGCACUCUAGCGGCAGGGAUCAACAUCUCUUGGCCCCGCCCGGCAAGAGUUGGGGUCCCACUCAGGCCAUACCACAGAGUUAUAGACACAGCACGGCACACCUGUCACCUCAGCCUAUGGCCGCUGCGCCGCGGUUGUCUCCGCAACAUCCGCUGGCCGCAGGGCAGCCCCUUUACCAUCAUCAGACCGAACUGUAUAGGAGACCAGUUUAUGUGACCACCGCACAACCGGCAGCUUAUUUGCCGGCCACUCACCAGGUGGCACCCGGAGGUCGAGCGUUACCGCCCCCGCCAGCGCAUCACUCAUCGGCUCGACCUGUGUUGGCUAGUCAUCCGAGCCACCCUUUACCUGCCCAUCUGCAGUUUCCCUCACAUGCACAGGUGGCAGCUGCAGGAUAUGGUUUUGCGCCACUAAGCCCUGGAAAGGGUUACCAAACUAAUCUCUGGUUCACCGAAUAGUGGUAUUUGGUUAUACUAGGUCCGGCCAAGCUUCUAAGUAAUAUUCGCUAAAGGAACUUUAAAAGCGAAAAAGCCGAGCUAUUCGUGUCGUCGUAAUGUCGAAAAUCAUGGAACACGAAACUAAGCGUAUAUUCUAAACGACGUUAGAUGAAUAGGUUCAAAUAUGUCCAUAGUCUAUAAGUUAAUUUGAAACUGUUUGUGAACUAACUAUCAAAAAAUUAGAAUGGUUUAAACCGACUUAGCAAACAUAGAAAUACUUACUCAGCAUUAUUUACACGGUAAAUAAUUUCUAACCUAAUUUUUUAGGGCACAUAAAAAAUUUCCAAUUUGUAUCGAAAUUUUUUUUUAAUACAUACUCUGUGUCUUUCUAUCAGUGUUUCUACUGACUUAUAGCGAUAAUUAUUGGUAGAGUUUGUAUUGUACAUAGUCAAAAAAUGAACAAAUAUUUUUCCGCAAAAUGUAGUGCUUAAAAAUAUUUUAUUAUAGGGUCAAAUAGUGAGUCUUAUAUGCCACAAGCUGCACUACAAUUAAAAAAAAGAUUUUUAUUAAGUGGCUAAUCUAAUAAAUAUUUUAUAAAAAAGAACGACGCAAUGCCUAUAUUGAACAUGAAACUCUAUAGCAGGCUUUAGAGUUCUUGAUAAUUUCCUUGUGUUUUUCAACUGACUAAUGAAUAGUAAUUAUUGUUUUUUUUAUUGUUGAUGUCUGCUUUUUAUUAUACGCAGAUCAGAUACCUAAUAUUGUUACAUUAUAGUUUUAAUUUUUAAGGAAUGGGUCAUGUAUUACAAGAGUAUAUAAUACAUCCUUUGUGGUUUAGACUUACAUAUUUGAAAAUGGUUGAUCUAAAAUAUGAAACCUCUUCUGUUUGCUUGAUUUAAAUCAUUGGCAUUUUUUAUGUGUUAAAAACUAGUGUUUUUUAGCACCAAGAAGUAUUUUUGUAAAUGCCCAAAUACAAAAAAUUCCAUUUUCAAAUAUGCCUUAAAUCGAACACGUGAAUACUUGUCGAUAAAUCAAAAUAGGAUUCAACUUGUCUUAUUUUACAAUUUUUCACGGGUCUAAACACUUUUUUUGAAAACCACGUACCCAGAUCUUCUAGUGAUAGUAGUUAUUAGGGUUUAUAGAGAUUUCAUUUAAACGUAAGUUUGUUUUUUUUUUUAAUAUUAUUUAAGGGCUUUAGUUUCUGUUUAAGGUGUGAUAACCAUGACUUUUAAAAAUUGUACAUAGUAUUUAAAAUAUUAUUCUGCCUAUUUUAUUGUUUAAUAUUCAACAUAUAUGUUUUAGGAUAAAGUUUUUUAGCUUAAAUAAACGUGUUACUGCCUUUCAUAUGUAAUGUUUCUCAAAGACCCUUUUUCUUUCGGGUCUUGAGAGUUUUUGUUUUUAGGGUAGUUAAACUAUACUUUUAUUUCGGUGGUCGGAACUUGCUAACAUGAAAUUGUUGUUUAAAGGUAAGAGUCUCGGACUUGUAUAUGGAGUUCGUUUGUAAUUAUUGAUAAACUAUUUUUAUCAGAUGAAUAUCGUAGUGGUAGCUGUAUGGUAUCAUUUAUUUGUUAAUAUAAUAUUAUUUGAAAAUCGAGAGGUAAUUAAGAAAAUUAUAUUUAAAAAAUGCUUUUGUACGCACUUAUGGGGUUUGUCCCUCAAUUAUUUAAAACUGUUUUAUGUUAAAAAAAUCCUUUAGGUUCGUGCUAUAUGAACGUAAUAUAAAAGGAUUAAACAUUUUAAUAGUUUUAUCUAUUUUGGGACAUAUUGCAUAAUGAUAUCUAGGUGAUGCCUAAAAAUACGCAUUUUAAUAGUUUAGCUGUAUGUUAUUUUAAUAUGCCUAAUAUUUAUCGGCGCACUAAAAUUUACACUUCUCAACAAAUCACUAAUCUUAAAAAAAAAAUAUAUUUAAAUUUGUUGAGCUUCUCGAUUUUAUUGUUUAAUUAAAUGUUUAAAAGGGUGGUGUGCGACGUGUAAACUGUGUAAAAAAUAACUUUUCUUUUGUUGAAAUAUAACCUAAAAUUGUAUUUCACAUGUUUGUAUAUUUCAGAAUAAAUUGUUAUGAUGGAUUGAUUUCUGAUAUUUUAGUUGAGAUUAGGAUUAUUAGCUUUAAUUAAUUUUUUUUCUGUACAUAAUACUACAUUUAUUUAUUAAAAAUAUUGUGAACGUUUUUAAAAUCUCAUUUAGGCCAAAACUGUCGAAAUUUUCGUCAAAUUAAUUGCUAUAAUUUGCUAAGUAUAUUAAGGAUGUCAUAUAUCCAUGAUGCACAAAAACUGGUUUAUUCAUGCAAAAGAUUUAAAAAAAAAUUACAGCUGAAAUGAUUUACUACACUGGUCCAAAAUUGUUCAUUAAUUGUAAAUAUUUUUAAAUAUCUUAAGUUCACUAAAGUUUGGAAGCAUCUCAGAAAAUUAAUAGCAUCUAAAAUUAUUAUAUAGAGAAAAAUUUCACCCUUCUUUAACACACUUCUACGUCUAUUUUCCAUUGAGUCCACUAAAUUAUUCAUGGAAUGUUUUUUUUUUUUUUUCAUUUUACUUGAAUUAUCAAUCAAUAAAUUGCAUAAUUUUUAAUAUCGUAGCUUCUGAUAUCGCUAUUUCUCUAUAUUUUAUCAUUUAGGGAUAGUUUCACGAUAAUGCGUCGUUUUUAUUCAGGUAUAUCAUGCCACUAGGAUCUCUUUUGAUUAUUUUCUUUUGUCGUCAUUUUGCAGUAAAAUUAAACUUGUUAUCGGCGUUAUUAUUUUUUUGUGCAAACUAUUUCUUCUGCUAAUUAUCCUUUGCAUGUGAGUCAUGGACUGACUACCCAACUAGCAAUUUUAGUUACGGCUACAACAUUGUUUGACUAUAUAACUGGUACCAAAAAAAUAUCUUAUAAGCUUAAAUAACUGCCAAGUAAAAAAUAGUAGUAAGAAAUACGUAAUAUUAACUUAAUACUUGACUAUAUAGUAAUUAUUACUUUGCGGUAACUCUGAUGGUAGCUGAUACCGCUUAGCGACCUGACCUAAUUACCUUUACAACGUCGUUACUAUAAAGUAGAAAAUAUUGGUCGGUGGGACGAUUAAAUAGGAACUUUUAAGUAAGCGCGAUUACAAAGUUAAAUUUCAAGUUCUUGCGACUACAUAGGAACAUCAAAAUAUUACCACGCAGUAAUACACUUUGAAGUAAUAUUAUCAGUAACAAGACCGAAAUAGUUACCCUUAUUUCUUUUUUAAAGUAAUAUUUACCACCUUGGCUAUUAAAGCAAAUUACCUUUAAGUAAUUAUUUCUACUAUGCAGUAAAAUAUACUUUAUAGUAGCAUUUUUUUGAAAUAAUUUACUUAUUCCUAAGUCAUUUUUACUUUGAAGUAACAAAAGAAACUUCUUGGUAACUUUAACAACAAUUCGCCAUAUUUUUUUUUUAAUUAUUUGACUCCAUUUUGUGAAAAGGUAUUGCACGUGGAAUACUUUUACAUUUUAUGCAAUUUUUAUUAAAUUAUAGACUUCUUAUAUUCAUAGGCGUAAAGAGGAGUGAAAAAAAUUAUCUACCUUCUUUAAAAAAUUAAAUUUAAAUAUUUAGACUUGGUAUAUUUUUUUGUUAAAAGUCAUGAUUUUAAUGAGACAUUCUUUAUUUUCGUCCUAUAUUGCCUAUUUUUAACAGUAAAAUUUGCUUCGUUUACAUUUUUCCACUCCGGUAAGCGAUAAUAUCAGCUAUAUUAAAUACAAUAUGAAGUAGAUUAACCCCGAUACAACGCCAUCACUUAGAAUAAAGACGGACCUAUAAAAUUAUUUGUGUUGACAAAGAAAGAGAAUCAAAAUGUUUGCAUAAUAUUGUCUCAGUAACUUCUUAGUAACUAGCACUGCACAAUUACUACUUUAUGACAUCCCGAAAACCACUAUGGGACGUUAAAAAGAAGUUCCCGGGACGAUAGAAUUACGUAUUUGCUACAGCAAAAUCAUUCCCAAUUUUGGUAAAACAGAACGGUGCCCAAACGGUUCCCGCGACUAGUAACCACAACUUUAAAGUAUUCUUUAUAGUCGCGAUUACUUAGCUGUUGCCAAAAAUGCUAGUUGGGUAUUCCAAUACAUGUGUGUGUCUGGUUAAUAAAUAUAAUUGGGGAAUAUUAUAAGCAAAACGGCCAAAUCCCAAUUGCCCUUAAAUUUAAGGUGUGACAGCCUUUUUACAGUACUGAUCUAAAUGCUCAGGGAUUUUGCCAAAAUUCUGUUUAAUGGGAAUAUAAACUAUUAAAACAUCUAAUAGAUAUCUUCCUAUCAGACUUGGGUAGAAUACUGAAUUACAGAAUUGGAAUACAAAUCCUGGAUAAAGUAUUCUAUUCUGUAUUCAAUUACAAGACAAUCGUAUUAGAAUAAUGCAGCGAAUAUUGAAGAAUACAAUUGUAGGCGAAUAGGUAUUUUAUUAAUUAACUCUUUACAAAGAAUAUUUAAUACUACAGUACGCUUCAACAGCACAGUAACUCAUAACACUUUUAUUGCAGUGUACUAUUAUUCCAUUCCAUUAGCUUUUAAUAACUUCUUAAAGAUAUAAUCGUAUUCACUCCGCUGCUGCUGAUGAUUAUUAUAUGAUGGUAAUAUUGUGUUUUAUAAUUAAAAAACAUUGUUUAAUUGGGUAACCAUUGAACAUUACCAAUACCUAAUCUUUUCAAUCUUUAUAUCUUAAAUUCCUAAUCACGAACGUUGAAAUAUGAACAUACUGAGUCAGUCAGAAUAGCAAGUAAUCGAAUACUACCCGAGCCUGCUCCGCAUAAUCAAUAUAUCCCAGUUUAAAGGAUAAUGGUCUCCAUAUAAAGUAUUACCAUAAACAUUGUAACUAUAAUUCUUAUCGGCAUUUUAUAUUUCUUUUCUUACUUAUUGAGUGUACUAGACAAUCCGUAUCUCACAAUAAUAAACCAAACAUGCACAAACUCGCCGGGUAGUUAGAACUUUUAGGACUGUAUUGUGUAACCAUUAUUUUUAUAAAAUUGAAUAUUUGGCCUAUUUGAAAUAUUAAAAGCGCUGAAAUUCCUAUAUCAUAUCAAAAAAUAAAAUGGAAAAAUCACUAGCUAUUAAAUCAAAUUAAUUUCGGGAAUAUAGUGAUGUUAGGUAAUUUGAUUUAGAAUUGUCGGCAUAUUUUUAUCGAUCUGACUCUUUUUUUUUUUUAGGACUGAUAUAUACAACAUGCCGACCAUUCGAUAUCGUUUAUUGUAAAUAAUACAAAAAAUACUUGGGUCAAUUUGUACUAAAUUAGUGUUAAUGGGCUUGUUUAGAAAUAUAAUUUGUCAAUAUGUUAGAGUAUUUUAUGCUUUUAUUUCUUUUUAUAGUGCUGUGGUAGAGGGUUAAGUGUUUAUUAGAAUUAAUAUUUUGGGUACGGUCAGAUAUUUUAUUUCAAUAGGGACAGAUGAACGUCGACGCACUGAAAAACUGCAUUUCUUGUUUAUUAAAUGAAUAGUUUUAUUGUGGUUUAAAUUUUCCUUGAAAAUGAUUUUAACUUGCCAAAUCAGUGCGUUGGCUAUAAAGACUAUUCCUUAAGAUCAAGUACAAAUAGGGAUUUUAUGUAUUUCCUAGGAAUAGACAUAUAAAACUGUAUUGACAACCUAGAGCUUCUAUUUGCUAGAUUUACUGUUUCAAGGCUGGAUAAAACUAGUGAAAUUUAGGUGUAAGUCGAUAAACAUUUUUUCUUUUUAUUACACACUCUGUUCUCCCAUUUUUAUACAACAUUCUUUGACCGACCAAAAACAACAAAUGUAUAUUUAAUAAUCUGACCGGUGCCCGUUGAUAUGUACUAAUCGUAAAAAAUAUUGAAAUAACUAGAAUUUUUACUGUAGUAGUUAUUAAUAAAAAUACAAUUUGAUGUGCCUGUUUAAGAAGUAACCUAUGAUUGUCUGUACUCUAUUGUUUUUUGACAUUUAAUCUUGUUGAGAUGUGUAUUUAGCAUUCAGUCGACUAUGCCAUCUAUAAAUGUCUUUUAAAUGUUUGAUGUUGUUUGAUGUAUAAAGCUUUAAUAAGAUAAAAAAGGAAAAAUGAAGGAAAUUCUUUAAUUAUUAUUAUCUAGAGAGAAUUCACAAUAGUGAUUCUGUAAAAAGUACUUCACUAUAAAAUUGGCCUAGUAAGUCACAAAAUUCAUAUCAAUGAUGGCUCGAUAAAUGUACAUAUUAUCUUCCUUUGUUCGCAAAAUCAAAUUAUGCAUAAAUUUUUACCAGUUCUAGGCUUAAAGAGAGAUUUUCUCGUUAUUGUAAUAACAAAUGGUUUAGUCGACUGAUUUUUAGAGUUGUCAAAAUAGACAGUGGAAGGGUGGCAGAAAAACUGAAGUGAGACAGAGUGGAAAAUGCUCACUUUGUGAUUCUAUUACAAUUUCCACAUUUUAGGAAUAGAUUUACUCUAUUUUGACCAAAGUUGCAUUAAUAGACUUAUUUAUAAAUAUAAAAUCCAACUUAACAUUAUAAUACCAACGUUUUGCACUUAGAUAUCUUAAAUGUUAUUUAACAGGGAGUUUCUUACGUCAAUAGAGUAACACGAGAUAAAUAGUUGUGAUAUUUAAUAAAUCCUAGAUUGUUUUUAAUGUAUAUAUAAUUGGUAAAGGGUCUCUGUUUAACUUUGGUCGAUCUUUGAAGGUUUUUUGCUCAAUUUCUUUGGUUUUUAAUUUUCUUAGGUAAUAAUAAUAUGAUUAGGCUAGGUGGGCGGUCUUUGACUAAAACUUUAGUCAGAAAACAGUUCAUCUUUUAUACAAAAAAAUAAUAAGACUGUUGCUUGUCCAUGUUUAGUAUCUAACCCGUUUAAGACAAAAUAACUUAGUGCAAACAAUUUUCAAAUUCGGCCAAUGACAAAUCAUACGGUAUUCGUACCUUUUACAACAUUAUAGAUGUUUAAAUAUAGUAGAUGUGUAAAAUAACUAAAAUAUUUUUGGAUUUUCUAGUGUAAGUUUUUGGGGUAUAAUAUUAAUAAUAAAUACUGAAUAUUUAUCAGGAUUUUUCACUGCUAUAUUAAGGAUUUUUCAAUGUUAUAGUGAUUUCUUUUCGGUAUGGAUUUAUAGUUUAGGGAAAGGAAUAUGAAACAGCUGAUAUUGAUUUGUUUUUUAUAAUCGUAUAAGCCUAGUUGAAAAAUCUACUUCUCAGUUUCUUUAGUCUUUUUAUUUUGGAGAUUUAAUUUGCUAUAAACGCAGGUUGGACCGAUUUUGAUUGGAUAUGUUUACCUCACUAGAAUUUGGGGUAAUAAUUAUUCAAAAUAAUACAGGAUUACAUAUUCAAAGAAGAGUGUUUUAAGGAAAAUAUACAUAUAUCAGUUAUCUGGCGGCCUCCUAUUUGAAUUUUUAUUAUUUUACUUAAAACGAUCGCUUUAAAAUUUAGAAAUGUUUUCUACUUUUCCCUUGCAAUGUUUCCUCUGAAGGGCUCAAUUACAAGAUUAUUAAACGUGUUGUUUUCUAUAGAGCACCGCUAAAUAACAUUGCUGAAUCUUUGUAAAUUCAAAAAAAAAAUUAGCUUAUAUAAAAUAAUGUAAGAAUUCUUAAACUAAUCAAGGGAAUAUAAUAGUUUAAAUAUACAGUUAUAAUUUACUUUUUUCUAACCUAUGAAUCGCGCCGAAAUAAAGUAAUAUAUAGGACUUUUCUCAAGUAUAGCAUAUAGAAAUUUGCUGUGGUGUUAAAUACAAAUACAUAUUUAUAAAUGUUAGUUAUAAAUAUUUGCACCAUUUAGAUGACUAAUAUGGCGUUGUCAAAAUAGUUGUUUUUUUAUAGUUCCUUGUUUAUUUUUUUUAUUUCACUUAUUGACAUACCUAUCUGUUUUUGGGACAUUUAGAAGAGACACUAAGAAAUUUGAAUUAACUAUUUAUAACAUUUAACUUCACAAAACCUGUAAAACAUUUUUUUGUAUUGCAAUACGAACCAUGAGAUUUCAUAUCAUACCAUUUGAAGUGAUUGGUUCAAAUAAGGAAAUGCACCCAAUGUUCUCCUAUAUAUAGAAUUGAAAACAUAGUUAUACUAAAUUUCUUUCUAUCUCAGAAAUUCUUUCGUACAAAUAUUAAUUUAUACUGAGGACAACCGAUUUAAAUAAAAUUUAAGCAUUUUAAAAAAUCAUUUUUGCUUGAAUAGAUCUGCUAAUAGUUUCCACAUUUACCGGAAUAAAACAGCGUUCUCAGUGUGCGUUUAAUUUUGUUUUUCAGUCUAUCUAUGUUGUUGAACCAUAUAUGUUUCCGACUUAUUUAUUUAAAAGCUAAUGAUCAACAAUUAUGUACAUACUUUUUAUCAAAUAUUAAGUCAAAAGUCUUUUUUCUGUGAUGAAAGUUUUAACAAGAAUUUGUUGAUUUGUACAUAAUUUUACUAACAUUUAGACUUUCUUUUUUUUGAUUAGUUUCAAAGCAAAUUAAAAAAAAAUCUGAAAUAUGUUCAUUAACUUUAUUAGAAAGUUAAAUUCCAUCUGUGAUUUUCAAACCCAUACUAAUUUUGGAAAUUAGUUUAUUAUCCAAUGGAGCUACGCAAAAUAAAUUUAAUUCGCAUAUUUUAGAAUUUUCCUUUUUAUUUGCAUGUCCCUUUAUUUAGAUAAAAAAACAGCCUUAAUUAAGACAAAUAUAUGUAGUGAUGGUUAUUAAUAAAAGUUCUAAAAUAUAUUAUUAAAACUAACAAGAGUCGCACUAUUAGUUUCUAAUGAUUUUAUAGUAAAUUUAUAUUAAUAUCUAAUCGCUCUCCAUUAAAAUUACUAAAAAAUAUAUAUAUAAUGCACAGGGUUAUAAUAAAUAUUAAUAUUUCUAAUUAUUAUUGUAAUGUGUAACAGCGAACUAGAUUAGAGGGGUUUUACUAUACGAUUGCAUAAACCUUAAACAUGAAUUUGUUUGGGUAGUUAUAUACUAUAUUAUGUUAUUUUCGCUUAUUAUAUACAUACAUACAUACGUAAUAUAUUGCUUUCAUGUAAGACUGGCCUAUAUUAACUAAAGUUUUUUUUAAAUAUAUAAAUAUCUUUUUAUGUAACUUUAUUAAGGCUUAUGCCUUAUAUUAUUUACUUUAUCUAGCGGGUAUAUUAUGUGCUACUUCCCCGUAACAUUACGUAAUAUUUUUAUGUAUACUUAGUUUCAGUAUUAAUAAUUUCUUUGCGAAUAUUAUGGCACUAUUACGCUUUCUGUCUUGGUAUUCUAAAAUGAAUUUUUUGGGGAUUUCAAAAAUAUUUUACUAAAACUGUAUUCAUUAGAUGAUGAUAAUCCUCAAAUCUUUAUACCGUUAUAAUAAGUUCAUUGCACACAAACAAACUUUAAAUUCAGAUAGAUAAACUAAAUUCAAGCUAUACCAACUUUUCCACUAUAAUAAUAUUAAUGUAGAUUUUUAACAUAAAUAUAAUUAUGUAGUUUUGUGAUUAGGAGUUAAAAUCGAUGUUCUAUAUUUGUGAAAUUAUUUACGCCUAGUUGUAGGUAGAAUGUGUUUUUAAAAAGGGAGUAUAGCUUGAAGGUUUAACGUAUCCUUUCAAGUAAUGGUCGUAUAUCAAAAUAUUAACCACAAAAGCGAAUAUGUGUAUUACCUCAAGCAUGUAAAUACAGGAAAACAGAUGUAGAUUUCAUUGUUUUGCGGUAAUAGUUGUUUUGGUGCCAGACGACAACUGUAUCUUGGUUUUCUCAAUAACAUUUUCUGAAAAGAAUAAAAAUAUAUUCGUCGUCCAAUAAUGUUGAUAACUGACAUUUUUAUGUAUACAAAAAUACCAUUUUGCUUAUUUUAAACCGCAGUAGUCUUAUGGCCCUUAUAUAGCGGGGGCGUAAAAAAAAUUUUGUUUAAUCAUUUUAACAAACAUUUUAUUCUACCAAAAGAUCGACCAAGAUUAUGUUGUUUUUUCUUAACACCAGUUUCCAAUUUUUCAUUUAUUUCCCACAUGUUUAUAUUCAUAUAAUUCCUAUUAUUAUUAUUAUUAUUAUUUACUAGUUUUAGUUACUGGCAAUACCUUAUUUUCACUAUUAUUUUUUUAGGGGUUUGUUUUGGGGUGGUGAAAAUUUCUCUUAAUUUUAGUCAGUUACCAUAUGUUAUUGCGCUUACUUAUGUACUAAUGGUUUAAUGGUCGUAGAGUGAUCUAGAUGUUUUCACAAUGUUCUAGUGUUUCCCUUGUCUAUAUCGAUUGAUUUGUUUUAACAUUAAGAAACACUUCCAAAUAUUACAAUAAAACGUUUGUACAUAUGUGAAACUUUUUUCGCCCUUAUAACAUUGCAAGAUUUCAUUAUUAGGUUUUUGUGUUGUCAUUUAAGGGCUAUAAAGUUAAUCAUAUGUAUUGUUCUAGCAACGUCAAAGGCUGCACGAUAGAAUUUUAAAGGGCAUAUGUCCCUUUCUCUUUCAUACAACAAAACACUACUUGGUAAAUUAGGAUUUUUUUUAGAAAACUAGAUUUUGGCUAGUUUUUGUUAAACAAAAGUAUGCUUUUCAAUUUGACAAUAAAUGUAAUGGUUUUAUGAAAA